AAUAUGAUACCAGAUGGGGCGAAAUCUGUUUUCCCACGGUCGUGUUGUACCAUAUUAUACCUCAAUCAUGAUAUGCUUAUAAAUUUGAUACAUAUUAAAUACAAAAUGUUCUGCUUUCUUAAAAAUUGUAUUACCUGUAUAAAAUGUCUUCUAGUCAAAGUAGAGGUCAACACUUGUCAAGCGUUAGUCAAUUACAGUGUACUAUCUGAAAUGCGUGUUAAUGAAAUUCGCUAAUUUCACAACAUGUUAGUUGAUUAUUUUUUAAAAUACCAUUCAGAGGAUUUGAGACGAAUAUUGGAUGCCCAAGAUGAGCCGUCUUGUUAUUCGAUAAAUAUCGACUUUGUAUCCCUGUAUGAAGCUGACUGUGAAAUUGCCAAUAAAGUUCUACGUCGACCUAGGAUCUAUUUACCUCAAUGUGAUGAAGAUGCUAUCACGGCACAAGAAAAUGUGCUUGCAGAAGGACAGACCAUUAAGAGACGAAUACAUACAAGAAUAUCUUCUGUUCCCCAACGAGUGGAUCAAGGUCAAAUUGGAGAAUUAGUCUUCACUGCAGGUAUCACUGUAAGAACUUCUCAGCCGACAGUUAUAAAACUGCUCAAACAUUAUGAAUGUCGUAAAUGCAAACACAUCACUACAGUGAAAUUGGAAUGGGAAAGGCAAAUAUUCCCAGAUACCAAGGAAUGCUCAGCUUGUCAUGCCAAGAAUAUUACUCAUGUGACUGCACUUCAUCUAAGAGAUUGUGCAGAUUAUCAGGAAAUAAAAAUUCAAGAAAAAUGUCAGUUGGAUGAAAGCAGUAGUUACACAGUCGGGAUGCAAAUAAUAUUGUUAGAUGAUUUAAUUGACAAAUGCAGACCUGGUGACCAUGUGGAUGUAUGUGGCAUGGUAAUAAGGCGAUGGCCUCAUUUAACAGCUGGUACGAGAUCAGAAGCAACUACUGUCAUGAUAGCAAAUAGCGUUUCCGUACAACGUAAGCUAUUAGAGUCUACCUUCUCAACAGAAGAAACGCGAGAAAUCUUUACAAAUUACUGGAAGACUUACAGUGAUGAUCCACUAGUGGGCAGAAAUCAAUUACUCGCUUCUAUUUGUCCCCAAAUCUAUGGUUUAUAUACGGUUAAAUUGGCAAUGGCAGUCGUUUUGGCUGGAGGAGUAUCAAAAACAAAUGAAUCGGGAACAAGAGUCAGAGGAGAACCACACCUUCUGAUGAUUGGGGACCCAGGAACAGGAAAAUCUCAGUUGCUUCGUGCCGCAUCCCGUUUAGCAUUGCGAUCUGUGUUGACCACGGGGAUUGGUACUACAGCAGCUGGAUUAACAGCAGCCGCGGUGAAGGACGGAGAUGGUUGGCAUCUCGAGGGCGGUGCCUUGGUUUUAGCGGACGGCGGGGUCUGCUGCGUCGAUGAAUUCGCGACAAUGCGAUCUCAUGAUCGUGCCUCCGUUCACGAAGCGAUGGAACAGCAAACGAUCUCUGUAGCCAAAGCCGGUAUUGUCAGUACCUUGAAUUCACGUUGCACUGUGGUAGCUGCGAUUAAUCCCAGCGGAGGUCGAUUCCUCGAUGACGAGGAAUACAAGACCACUCUUGGUAACCCUCUCCUAUCACGAUUUGAUCUAAUCCUGAUAUUGAAGGACAAUAAGAAUCCAGAAUGGGACCGUAUUACUUCUGAUCACAUUCUAAAACUUGCUUGCGAGUCUCCUGAGUCUCUGGAGCAGCAUCAGAGUAAAAUAGAUGUGUCACAUGCGAAUCUUUUAAAGACUGACGGUUUGUGGAAAGAAGAAAGUUUACGGAAAUACUUGGCAUACGUUCAUACGCUCAAGCCAAUUUUAAGUGAGCAGGCUGCAAAGAUAGUGAGUGCUGUUUAUCUUCAUCAUAGAUCAAAUCCAUACAGAAGAGCAGAAAGAACAACCGUUCGAUUGUUGGACAGUCUUAUAAGAUUGGCUGAGGGUCAUGCAAGACUCAUGUUUCGAAAUGAAGUUAACGUAAUGGAUGCUCUUGUCGCUGCUCAACUUAUCGGUACUACAGUUACUACCAAGGAUAAUAUAGGCUGUCCAUUUCCACGAAACCCAAGAUCAAGUUAUCUUGACGAAGGUGCGGCAAUUCUGCAUCAACUCGAGCUAGAUGAACUAAUCGACUAUAUGUAAUAUUAAACUGUUAUGUUUGUUAUGCACGAUAUUUGGGAAAAGAAACAUUUAUUCUUCAAAAAUAUCAAGUGAUCCUUUGUUGCAUAAUUUUUCUUCGUGUUAGUCAGUAGUAAGCCUUGUCGUUUUUCCUACUGAGAAUAUAUGUUCUAGUAGGGACGAUAUAAAUUAUACCGUUUUUGAAUGAAAAAAAAAAA